UACUCUUUGAUUUCUGAAUAUUUUAUUGAAGUUAAACAUAAAUGACAUAGAAACGGAACUUUCUUCAAGAUCGCACAUAAGAACGCGGUGUCAAGUGCGAUUAUAGUGAAUAUUGUGGCAGGGCGGCCGAGUUGGUGAGAGCGCGGCCCGGUUGCGACCGGUCGGCCCCACCGCCAGCGCGCGCGCACACGCCGCUCUGCGCCGUCGACGUCGCGACGCACCCGUGUGCGACACACCGAACCGUACCGCUACUAUCAUUUAACAUUAUUUUAUUAUAUCGAAAAUUCGCGGAUAUAUAGAUGUGAAAAAAACAAACAUGUUAUAAUCAGUGUUCUUGGACUCAUUAAAGUGAUUUAGUAUUCGUGAAUAUAUAGUAUAUUCAAGCUGAGAUUUGAGAGCUCCUAUAUAUUAGGAUUCCAACCCGACAGCGGUUAUUAAAACUGCACGGGAGCGCGUCGUACGCGGUAUGGAGACAGGCGUGACUGUCGAGGAGUUCAUCACAAUAGUACCGGUGGGUGAAAAUAAACCUGCCGUCCUUGAUCCUGCCUUUGUAACAGUACUUACUGUGGGUCCUGCAAGUGGCGCUGCAGAAGUUACAGUACGCAGGCCUCGUGGAGCUCGUUUAGGAUUAGGGCUUAAAUUUGAAGGUGGUUCUGCUGCUGCAGAGAAAGUAAGGAGACUUUUGGUGCAAUCAUGUGCAGAGGAUAGCCCUGCUGCUAAAGCCUCCACACCUUGGGGUAAACUAAUACCUGGAGAUGAAAUUUUAGCCAUAGAUGGAGUGUCUGUUUCUGAAUUAACAAGGAUCGAAUGCGUACGUCGCUUAAAAGAUUCUGAUGAAUCUUUAUUACUUUUAGUACGACAUUUGGAUGCCGACAAUAAUUCGGAACAAACCAAUAUGGAAUCAAAAGAAACCAGUACUGAAGUAAAACUAAUUACAGAGUUAAGUAGACCGACAACGUUACCGCCUCCUGUUCCUCCAAGAAAGUUAGGAAAGAAACAUUCCUUUAAAGACAAAACUAUUCUUCAAACACUCGGUGAACAAAACGCCCUUGUUAAAAUAGAUUCAUCGAAAGACUUCGAUAAUGUUAAGGAAACAGUUAUUACACAACAUCCAAUAAUUUCAACUAUGAAUAAGUUAUCAAGAAAGUCAUCUUUCGAUUCUCAUAUACACCGCCAAAAUAAGGAAAGCUUUGCAUAUUUAAGAAAAGGAUCACCUGAAGAAGUUCGACGUUUGGUUCGGCGAUUAUCAGAUGGUAAGGCUAUGCCCCCAGAAGCUGAUAUUUACAUAGAUUUGCUCUCUAAUGAGUGGGAACGUUGUCUCGUUUUAGCAGAUGCAGAGUCAGAUGACACCGGUAGUUCUAUUUCAACAGUAGUUGAUAGAUUAGGAUCAAUGGCAAGUUCUGUUGAAAAUAGCAUCCCAUCUACACCUAUAAUGCAACCAAAAUCGAUAGACAUUCAAAAAGUUUUAAAUAGUAUUGAAAAUAUUGAUACAAAUAUAUUAAAAGAUAUGCAGAAUAGUGCAAGGAACUUGGAUAAAUCAAAAGAAGUUAGUAAAGACAGCAAAACGGAACAUAAAAAGAUUAUUUCUAAUGUAGUAAAAAAUCAAGAUAUAAUUAUUCAAAACUCGGUAGUGUCAGAAAAUAUAAAGCCUACCUCAAAAAACACAGAAAAUAAUGACAAAGUGGUAAAACAAGAAAUCAUGCCUGAAAAACCUAAACCUAUGCCGAGAAACACAAAAGUCGAACGAUCAGCUAGUGACAAGAAACGACGGCCUAUUCCAAUUCCAGAAUUACCUGCAGCACCAGUACCAGAACCUUUAUUAACACCAACAAAAAAAACAUGCAUCGAAUCUUGGCUGCAGCGAUCUGAAGCCGAAAUGAACAAUAAAUUAGAAGAUAAAUUGGAAGAAAAAUCUGCACCCGAGGUACUACCGCGCCUUAUUGACUUUGUGCCUAAAACACAAUAUAAAGAAUGUGGCACGGAAACAACAACUUGUAUACGGCCUACUGCUCCACCACCGCCACCUCCUGCAGAGACGAGGGAAGAUGGUUCAGGGGCAUCACUUGACACCAUCGGAGAACUAGAUGAAUCUUGUGACGUCACUGAUAAUGCGAAGACACCGAUUGAAAACGAACCGAAUAAACGAAAAUCUUUGUUUGAGAGAAAUUUCUGGGAUGAUCGUGUCAAUAAAAGUGAUGCUGAAGAUAAGAGUCUUUCAAAUGAUGAGACACCAAUGCCAUCCUGUCCGCGACAACCUCCUGAUGGAGUCGAGACACCAUCGGAUGCUAUUGAAAAAACUCCUGACUUACCCACAAGAUUACCACCCCGAAUUUCAUCCGGCUGGUCUACUAAUCGUUCUCGGUAUUCAUACUCAUCGAGAACUCAAGAUGCCAGAAGUGAAGCAAGUGUUAAGGACAAAAUUGCUAUGUUUUCUGUUGAUAUUGCGUCUUCUUCAGAUCGUCUGGAUAAAUGUGGCACCCUUCCAGUUAGAUCACAUUCAACUCUAAGAAAGAAUUCAACUCCUUAUAUUAGUAGUUACACUGAAGUAUCAUCUUUAGAUAGGCGUUUAACGAAAUCUCAAGAUAACUUAGAUGAAACGCCUCGUUCAUUUCAGCGAAACUCUGAUAGACCUGAAGUUCUUGGAGCUUUAGAAAACACAAAUUCUGAGAUCAGAAAUAAUAGAUUUAACCAAACCGAAAUAAAGAAUAAACCAUUAUUUUAUGGAAGUACCACAACAUUGCCCUCCGAUACUUCUUUUACACGACCGACAUAUCAUAUGCGAAGUGUUAGUGACGAUAAUAGCAAUAAAAAUAUGUCAACACAUAAAUCUAAUCUAGAAUAUUUAAUAGAGCAGAGGAAAAAAUCCAUGUCAAAGCUGAGAGGUCUAGUUAUUCCUGAGGUUCAAGCUCCCAUUGUUGAUUUGCCAGAAAUUAAAGUUCAGGACCCAGUAUCUAAAACAUUUCUUCAUAAUUCAUUAAACAAAGUAGUUAAAAAAGAUAGUAAAGUUAGCAAUUCCAGUGCGUUUACAGAUAACAAAUGGAAAACAAACUUUUUACCAAAUAACAUACCUAAAUACUCUCCAGCCUUCAAGCGCAAAUCUUUACAAGUUUAUACUCCAUCUUCAUUGUCAAAGGAAUCUACUCCAGAACGCAAAUUUAUAGAAAAAAUUGAAACACUAUCCAGAGUUAACAAUUACAGUAAUCCCAUUCCCACUAAGCCCAUCAAAAGCUUAUUUGAGUUUUCAAAGAAUUCUUCGGCAAAAUGUGCUCCAGUGUUUAAUCGCGAUUUACAUAAAAGACAUUUUAAUAGCAAUAUACAAGAUUUUAAGAACGUUGAAAUUAAAAUAUGUACAACGACCGAUAUAGUAGACAGCGAUAAUGAUUCUGCUAUGAGUUCAACACAAUCUAGCUAUCGCUCAUCGGCUUCUUCGCCUAUGCAUAUUAUUGACAACAAUAUAGAAUCAGACAACUCCAGACUAUCUCCUAGAAUUUCACAUUACAAUUCCUACUCUCGUAUUAAGUCUGAAAUACCAAACAAAUCUAUUACUGCUGACAAGAAUUGCGAGCAAUAUGUUAAAAGGAGUGUUUUUCGAUCUGUAUCUUCGGAUACGAACAUUUCACUUAGUUCUUCUGCGGGCUCCGCAGCGACAUCAGGAUCUCAAGCAAGUUGCAGUUCAUUAGAGAGUUCUGUGGCUGACUCAGAUAAGAGGAAAGUUUCAAAAAUAUACAAUGUUGACAAUAUUAACAGGAGAAAUAUCGUCGCUUCGGCGAAAUGCAGAAGCGGUAGAGAUGUUAAACUAGAGUCACCGGUUGUAGAAACUAAAUUCUCACAUGAGUCUUACAACAGAUCUCCCAGUCCAAUACAAAAAGCGUCUGAUCGCCUUUCUACGCUCACACCAGCAGUGAGUGCAAUAGCGGCUAAAGGUGAAAACAGACGACGUAGUAAAAUAGUUGUCGAUACCGAUUCUGAUUCAGAUGCUGAAAUGAAUAUUCGACAACGAAAACCAGAUUAUAAAAACCCUAGACUAAAACGCAACUCUAGUACAUCAAAUAAAGUUAAAAAUAAUGAUGUCCAUCAAGAAAUAGAAAAGAUAGAAAAGACAUCUACGCUUAUAAAAGAUGAGAAACUAAAAGAUGUUCCCAUUAAAUACUUAGAAAAUCAAGAAAGAGUUAAAAGUGCAACAUUACAUAAAAAGAAUAGUUUCAAUGGUAAUAACAUAAAUAAAGAUAUUAAUUCUGAAAGACUGAAGGAGAAAAACAAUGGUAUUUCAUCAAUUGAAAGUAAAAGGGAGAUAGUCAAAGUUUCUAACAAUAUUAAGUCUAUGGUUGAUACCAAUAGAGAUGUAAAGAAAUCUCCUAAAAACAACACGCACUGUUUACAGCUUCCGACAGCUUCAACAGAAAUAUUUCAACUAAAGAAAGGUACUGGCUCAGGUGUAGGCCUAAUAUUAGCUGGAGGCGUUGACUGUGAAGCUAAAGAUGUCACUGUUCAUCGCGUUUUGGAGGAUGGUAUUGCAGCCAAAGCAGGAAUAAAAAGAGGUUCCAAAGUAAUUAGCAUCAACAACCACUCAAUGUCAGGAUUAACGCAUGCACAAUCUGUUUCAAUUCUUAAAGAGCAGCGUUGUGAAGUUGUUAUUGAAAUAGAAAAUGAAGUCAAAGAAAAUAAAGGCAAUACAAAAUGCGGCUCUGAACAUGCGGAGUCGAAAGGACAUCAAAUUGAUGAAGUCAAGACUUCAAAGGACAAAUCAGAUUGUUCGAUAGUUACUGUGUUGUUAGAAAAAGCUGGUGGAGGUGCUGGCUUAGGUUUUGGCUUAGACGGAGGUCGAGAUUCCCCUCAGGGUGAUCGACCGUUAACUAUUAAGAAACUUUUCGCAGGUGGUGCUGCUGCACAAAGUGGUCGCAUUGUAGUUGGUGCAGAACUACUAUCCGCUGGUGGACAAUCUAUGGAAGGAUUCACACGAACCCAAGCAUGGGCUGCGUUGAAAGCAUUGCCAGCUGGUCAAGUUGCUUUAGUUCUUAGAAAUCCACAGAAGUAAUACAAAUUCGUUCAUACAAUAUCUAAACUCCGGUUAUUAUAAACUCCUAUCAAAAAAAAUCAUAAAUCUAGGAGAAAAACAAUCAAUUUUAAAAAGUUAGUAAGUUGAAAUUUAUUUUUAAAACCUUUCUGUUAAUUUAUUUUUGACGAAAUGUAUUUUUGUAAGUAUUACGGUGUUCUAUUUACUCUUAGUCAGCAUUGGUUAGAUGCAUUGUACAUAGUAUUUUAAUAACGAAAUAAUUGAUUAAGAUGGUGUAUAUUGUGCUUGGUAUAUAAGCUAUAAAGACUGUAUUCCGAUUUGCUUAAAAUUAUAAUUUAUUAUUUUUAAAAAGUAACUAGUCUCGACGACAAGUGUAAGAUGAUGAUAGUGUGUUAAUCUAUAAUACUAUGCGUAUUUUUGUAUUGGUGUCAAUUUUAAAAUAAAUUCUCAUUUGAGUGCCAUUUUAAAUUUCCAUUAUAAACAUUUUUUUAUCUCCUUUAAACACUAUAAAACGUUGGACUAGAGUUGAUAUAUGUAAGGUAAAAAUUAAACCGAAAUGGCUUAUUUUCUCUCAAUACAAAAUAUAAAGGUUCUCUAUUAAAAAAUAAUAUAUAGUUCAUAAAUCUAAGUUCAUCUGUAACUAAAAAUGUAUUACUAUAUUUUUACAUUUUAUAUCCUGGUAACUUGCCAUGUUUUCUAUUAAUGCCAUUACCAAUAAUUUCUAGAUUAAGAAGUUUGUAUAUAUCUUUUUUUUUGUUAUUAUUAAUAUCACUAAUUAAUAUAUUCGUAUUACUUGCUACUGAUGAAUACUUAAAGUAUUCAUUACAGCUGUUUAUAAACACGUAUAUUGUAGUAAGCUUACAAAAU